GCAGUCUCCUGGGGAGACUACUUUCACUCCGUGUUUCCGUCUCGCUCGACUCAGUGAGUCCUCAGCCUCGGGCAGAGUCGUGAGAAUGCUCGCGUGGCUCACCGCACGUGGGACCAAGCGUCGUCGAUGGAUCGCCUGUGGUCUGGGUGUCGGGCUGCCCGUCUUGGUCCUUUUGGCUCUCGUGUUGGCGUGUCUCAUCAACGCCUGGAGUGUUUCGGAGCCGGACUGGCACUACCAGCUGAGACCGAGCGGGUCGGGGCAUCUCAUCAACGAUAGCCUGUUCGAGGAGAGGCUGGGACGGUUCCAAGCGGCGCUUCGGAUCCCGACCAUCUCCGUCGACGCCCGUAACUUGAACGAGAGUGCGCUGGAGGAAUUCAAAAACUUCUUACAAACCAGUUUCCCUCGGCUUCACGGCGGCAACGAAGACAAGAUCACGUGUGAGGUGGUGAGCAACUACAGCUUCUUGUACGAAAUCAAAGGAUCGGAUGAGAGCUUGACUCCGUAUCUUUUGGCGGCUCACCUGGACGUCGUCCCCGUCGAAGAAGACAAAUGGAACUACGAUCCGUUUGAAGCCAUGAAAGAUGGUGAAUAUAUUUAUGCCAGGGGAGCCUUCGACGACAAGCAUGCCGUCAUGGGCAUUUUGGAAGCACUGGACUACUUCCUCUUCACCAAGAACGAAUCCGUGAAACGGACCUUCUACGUCGGUAUCGGCCACGACGAAGAAGUGAGCGGGAGGCAGGGGGCGGCGAAGAUCGCGGAGGUGCUCCACAACAGGGGCGUGAAGACGAUGGAUUUCGUCUUGGACGAGGGAUUCGUGGUGCUCACCAAUGCUCUGCCUGGGGUUCAGGUCCCAGUCGCCCUGGUAGGAGUAUCAGAGAAGGGCUAUGCAGAAGUAUCAGUGAGUGUAGAUGGUGUCAGUGGGCACUCAAGUAUGCCCCCAAAGGAGAGUGCAAUAGGAAUCAUUUCCAAGGCAGUGUCUCGCCUUGAAGCGUAUCCACAGCCUCACUUUUUCGAUUCUUCCUCGGUUGAAUACACGACUCUUGAAACUGCAGCUCCACAUUCUUCCUUUCUCUAUAAACUGAUCUACAGCAACCUGUGGUUGUUCAAAAACAUAGUCUCCAAUCAGUUCUUGGAAUCAGCAUCCACAGCAGCGACAGUGCGGACAACAACAGCACCCACACUUUUCAAUGCGGGCUACAAGAUAAAUGUGGUGCCAUCAACAGCCACAGCAUACAUCAACCAUCGAGUUCAUCCCAAGCAAACCAUUGAAGAUGUGCUGGAGUAUGAUAGAGAGGUGAUUGGUGAUUCUCGAGUGAAUGUGACCCUGAACACAGACACAUACAUCAGACCCCAUCCAAUUUCUCCCUAUGGGCCAGAUUCCCCACAGUACAAGUUGCUGGCCAGAAGUAUUCUUGAAGUCUUCCCUCAGUCCUUUGUUGCUCCAGGGACUAUGAUAGCCACCACAGAUACCAAGUAUUAUCUCAAUUUCUCCAAGAAUGUGUACAGAUUUGCACCCACAUUUCUGGACAUAGAAGAUAUGCCUAGACUGCAUGGGCACGAUGAGCGAAUCCGUGUUGAGAACUACAGAGAAGUGGUGGACUUCUUCUUUCGCCUCAUGGUGAAUGCCAACCAAGUAAAUGCCCGUCCAUUACAUGUUCAUGCACGCAAUGAACUCUGAUGAGGUUCCAGUCCAAGCCUUGUCUGUCAGCUACUGAAUGUAAGACUGAGUACUUAAAAGGUGUAAUAACAAGGCCUGAAGCACUGGAUUUGGCAUUUGUGCUGCUCAACAGAGAUAUUAACAUGAUUUUCUCAAUUGUGAUUCAGUUUUACAUCAAAAACCUAAAGUAAUGGAGAUGAAACCAUACAGGUCAGUCACUCAGUAGCAAUUGCUUUACACAUGUUUGGUGUGGUUUUCCUCAUCACCCAUCCGUCAGGGUAAUAGGUUAGAUCACACCAAAAAAUAUUUAUUUUUGCACCAUCAUGUCAUGGUAGGUAUGUUGGCUUUUAUCCUACCAGCCUGAAUGAUUUGAUAGGUGCAACAGGUCAGAUAGUUUUGAAGAGAGCAACUCCAUUGAGAGAUACUGUACAAGUCCUUUUUAAUGCUGCUGUGAUAUGUUGUACAGUUGGGUUGUUACUCUUUCCAGAAUAAAGAAAUAUCACUGACGG